CCAGGGCCCCUAACGAGCCCUCUUCUUGGAGGGCUCCCAGGGAGAUCGCUCCUGUUUGGCCAACAGGCUGCCUCCUUACAGCUGGCUCAGCUGAAAGCCCAGCUAGCACUGACGCAGAUAAACAACGCUCUCGCCGUUGGCAACCGAGCCACGACUUUGACAGCCAAAUCCAACAAACCUGCUCCGUACAUAUCCACAACACCCCCAUCCCCAACGGCUGCAGCCAUCAAUCUCCUUAACCUUCUGAAGAUCGCAAACACCAUGUCCCAUCCCCUGUAUAACCCCUAUGCCUCUGGGAACCAAGGCUCCAGCCAGGGGCAGUAUGGACUCUCCAGUGUACAGGUAGCAAGGGACUCUCGGAGGGAAUCCUCUCGCCCUGGACCUGGCUCUAGCUUCAGCUCUUCAAGUGCUGCAUCUGCAACUCCUGUCAACUCUGGAGGAAUACUCCCACCGCUGCUGUCUCAGUCAACUAACUACAGACCUGAACAGAACAGGGCCACAAUGGACAGCAGUAUAGAGAGAUCUGUAGACAUGCACAUUACCCGAGCCAGAGAAGAGGUGAAGCUUCUUGGCAAACCGAUGCAUCAGCCUAUAGACCAGGGCACUCGCUUUACCAGCACUCAAAGGGAUGAGUUUAUGUCCUCAGGCACAGGGAUGGCCUCAUACCCAAUGUCCUCAACCUCAUCCUCGCAAGGACAUGGACAAUCAGGCUUUAAAAGUGGAUGCAGCUCCUCGGAUUGGUUAUCAAAUUACAAAAGGCCCGCUGUUGAUGACCCAUACAAAUGUUUUUCAUCAUCUGCUUCAUCUAACUAUGCAAGUGAAAGAGAACAUAAUAUGCAGUCCAUUCCAGGCUUGGGUGAUUUUGACUAUCCAGUGCCAGAAAAACCUGCAGUCCCUACAGAGUCCGGUAAACCCAAGUACACCUUUGAAUCAGCUUCGAACAUCCUUCUGCGCUUUGGGCUUGAUAAAGAGGACUUGGAACACCUUGUCUCCUAUCCUGAACACCAGAUCACGCCUGCUACCCUGCCCUUCAUCUUGCGGCAAAUCAAAAUUGAGAAGUCCAAGAGAGCUGCAGCUACAGUUUCGUCAAAACCCUGCCCCGAACCCCGACCUACCAGAAGUGUGAGUGGAAUAGACAGUCAGAGUUUGAGAACUUCUGGAGUGGCAGGGAUUUCCCAGGAGGAAAUUUCAACUGCUGUUCUCAAGCCAAGUAAAGUGAUUGACUAUGGGCAUACUGGCAAAUAUACUGGAGUGGUUGGGGAUGACAUUGUAAAGACCAGUAGCAGCAGAUCUAACAGCAGUGGGAGUGGAAGUAUGUUGCUGAUGGACACUUUUGAUAGCAGAUACAGCCGAGAACCACCGCAAAAAUAUACAGCAGAGAUGAAAAGCAGUGCUUUGGGUUCUUCACGUGAUCAGACAAGUUCUGUUUCAAGUUUCAGCUCCUCGUUCAGUUCAAUACUGAGCUCUGUGGCUCCUCCAAGGAAUGAUCAGACCAAACAAUGGCAGAACCAACCAAACCAGACAUCCCAAACAAUCCCCAGCUCCUUCUGUCUUCCAAAGAAAGACACAGACCACAGAGUUCUCAAGUCUGAAGUCCCCAAACCUGUUCCUUUAAGAGAACCAGAUGUAGAUCGCCAGUCAACAUCGAAACCUCCACCACCCAACACUCUGAUCCGUGGUGUGCAUCCCAGCCGACCUGGCCUGGUGGUCAUUGGCAAUAUUCAUACCACAGGCGCUAAGAAUCAGAGUAAAACUCAAGGACAAGGGUCAACAGUUUCUGAGCAGAUGAAAAAACAGCAGACACAACAGCAAUCGAAGCAGCAGAUGGAGCAGCAACAGAAGCAGUCCAUAACGCAGGUGGGGCAAGCGAUGUGGCCAUCAGUGACUUCUGCUGCAAAAUCAGUCACCCCUGCCUCUCACAACCCUAGCAUCACUGAUGCCAUGCAACGUUCGGUAUUUAUCCCUGGUGGUCCUCACCCCAUGGUUUUGCCUCCGGCUGUGCCUCAACCAAUCCCAAGCCUGAUGAAUGUCAUUCUCCUGCCAAAGCCGCCCUCCAACAGGCAGCCUCCAGGAAAGACGGCAGUCUCUAAGGGUCUGCCAACAGCAGCUAUGAUGCAUGACUAUGCGGCGACCACGCCGAAAACGUUUCCACAUACCUGUUCUUUGUGUAACAGAGAAUUUACUCUUAUGAAGGAUUGGAUUUCCCACCAGAACACCAACCUUCACCUUGAAAGCUGCAGACUCCUCCGAACACGAUACCCAGAGUGGGAUGGUGAGAUUACACUCAGGCCAAGUGCUGCAGGUAAAGAUGCCAAGCCCUCCCCCUCUACCACGUCACAGACUUCCCAACAUCGUCACCAAGAAGUCAGGCAUGGAAGGGGCUCUUAUUCCCGCUCACCCAGCCCCCGUCGCCACCAUGGCUCAGAAGGUAGAAGGGAGAAACACACGAGCAGAUCGGAUUCGCCGCACAAAUCCAGAUACACUCGCAGGUCCCGAUCUCGUUCUCGUUCCCCACGGUACGAUUACCCAAACUCCCCCCACUAUCCGUCAAGUUCCAGGAGCCCCGAGAGACGAUCGUCACCAAGGAGGAGAGACAAUAGACGAUCAUCUCCAAGCAGGAGCUAUGAGAGACAGUCGUCUCCAAGGAGGAGUGAUACAUGGUCACCAUCAAGGAAGACUGACAGGAGACCAUCACCCUUCAGGUGGAGCGACAAGAGACAAUCACCACCAAGGAGAAGUGAUCAAAGAAGAUCGCCCCUACGGAGAAGUGACGAGAGACGAUCGCCACCAAGAAAAAGUGAUAUGAGACGAUCCCCUCAGCAGAAGAAGUUGCCCGAUGCAGAGAGCUUUUAUAAGAAACUUAUGGAAACAACAGCUGUACAAUCUCUGUCAAAAGAGUAUGACCUAGAUGCUGUGGUUAAAACUCUGGCUCCUGCUUUACUGGCCAAGCUAACCAACAUGAAGUCCUCGCCAUCAUCAUCAUCAUCGUCAUCUUCCACAAGAGGAAAACCCUCCUCGUCUGCUACUGCCUCUUCCUCAUCCUCCUCUACAGCAAAUAAGGAGUUGGCCAAAAAGUCCUCUAAAUCAAAGCCCAGCCUGCAGAAGAGUGAGGCAAGUUCCUUCACAAAGACUAAGUCUGGUGAAUCUUCACCGUCCACCAUGGUGAGACUAAAAGAAAUUCAGAGAUCUGUCUCUUAUGGCGAAUUAAAAGCUGCAGUGGAGCACUUUGGAAAAACCAAGUCAGUUGUAGUGCUUCGAAAAAAAGAGGAGGCAAUUGUGUGUUUUGAGAACGAGAAAAGCGCAAAGAAAUUGAAGAGGUUAAAGAGCAUUGAUGUGAAAGGACUGCCAGUUGCUGUUGUCAGAGAACAGGGUCCUGUUUCUAAGGAGCAAAAGAAGCCUCUCCAGAAAAAACCUGCCACAGCCAGUGUCUCCACACCUCAAACCGCUACUACAAAAAAGGCUCUUCUCCCUGCACCUAGCAUGGCUCCGCCUACAUGUCCCAAAAAGCCCUCGUCUUUGCCUUCUGGAGCCACAAAAGCAGGCAAACUUGCCAAUAAAAAAAGUGCAGUUAAAGGUUCAGUGAAAGGCUUAACAACUACCACCAAAGCUAAAGUCUUGGUUUCCAAAGCGAAAAAUGUUUCAACCAAGCAGAUAACUAAAAUGGUAAAAACAGGAAAGUUGCCUGCAAAGGGAGCUGUGAUAAAAUCUGUGCUUGAUUCUGUGGCAAAGCAAGUAACGCCUUCAGGAACCAAGUCCACGUCACAUCAGUCUGAUGUUGACAAUGCCAAACCUAAAGAAUGUGAAAUGAAGGUCCAAGAGGCUGUGCCGAAACACACAGUAAAAGUGGUCAAAAAGACAAAUGUGAUGGUUGUUGAACCUAGAACAUCUGAAGCCAAGGUCCAAGACACUGUUCCAGAAAACACAGCCAAGGUGGUUGAAAAAGCAAACGUGACAGUCGCUAAACCUAGAGAAUCUGAAACCAAGGUUCAAGAACCUGUGCUGAAAAACACAGCCAGUGUUGUCGAAAAAGCAAAUGUGGCAGUUAUUGAACCUAAAGAAUCUGAAACCAAGCUUCAAGAAGCUGGGCUUAAACACACAGCCAAGGUUGUCGAAAAGGUACAUGUAACAGUUGUUGAACCUAGAAUAUCUGAAACCAAGGUCCAAGAAGCUGUUCAGGAAAACACAGCCAAGGAUGUUGAAAAAAUAAAUGUUACCACUGAUGAACCUAAAGAAUCUGAGACCAUGGUUCAAGAAGCUGUGGCAAAAGACACCGCCAAGGUUGUCGAAAAGGCAAAUGUGACAGUUGGACCCAAAGGAUCUGAAACCAAAAUACAAGAAGCGGCUCCGGAAAACACAACUAAGGUUGUCGAAAAGGCAAAUGUGAAGGUUGUUGAACAAAGAACAUUUGAAACCAAGGUCCAAGAAGCUGUUCCGAAAAAAACAGCCAAUGUUGUUGAAAAAGCAAAUGUGACAGGUCUUAGCUCCAAAGAAUCUGAAACCAAGGUUCAAGAAGCUCUCCCAAAAAGCACAGCUAAGGUUGUUGAAAAGGCAGAAGUGACAGUUGUUGAACCCAGAACAUCUGAAAUCAAGGUUCAAGAAGCUGUUCUGAAAAACACAGCCAAAGUUGUCCAGAAGGGAAAUGUGAUGGUUGUUAAACCUACAACAUCUGAAACCAAGGUUCAAGAAGGUGUGCCAAAAGAUACAGCCAAGGUUGUCAAAAAAGCAAAUGUGACAGCUGAUGGACCUAAAGAAUCUGAAACCAAGGUCCGAGGAGUUGUGCUGAAAGACACAGCCAAAGUUGUUGAAAAAGCAAAUGUGACAGCUGAUGGACCUAAAGAAUCUGAAACCAAGGUCCGAGGAGCUGUGCUGAAAGACACAGCCAAAGUUGUUGAAAAUGCAAACGUGACAGUUGAUGAUCCUCAGCAUCAGGCAGAACUUGUAAAAGCCAGAGACAAUGAAGAUGCUGAACCAAUGGAGACUGGGGCAAUGAGAGUUGAAUCAGCAGAGCCUAUGGACGUUGGAAGUUGUGCUGAGGAUCAAGGACAAAAACAACCAACAACAGAGGCUGUGCCAGAAAACUCAGCCGACAAAUCCAGUGAGAGUCAACCACCAGACAGUACAGUUGAGACCCGGCCAAGAGAAACUUCUGUUGAGGCUUUACCACACGUCCAGCAAAGUGUCCUGUCAGAACCACAGUCCACUGCACCAGGACCAGAGACCAAGACAGAGGCUUCAAAGAUGCAACAGCAGGCUGCAGGAAGCCCAGCUGAAGCUGCAUUGGAGGCGAAGCUGCCAGAUCAAGGAGUGGAAACAAAAACAAUUCAAGAUCCUGGAGUGAAGACAAAAUCGGAUGCAGCGUCAGACAGUUUUGCCUCAGAACUCGGCGCAUUUACCGAACUGACUAUUGGGAACAUGAAGAAUCUGCAUCAUUCCAGAAUACCGUACAUCAAUUUUAAAACCGUCUUCUCACCCAAAUUUUAUUCACUUAAUAAGAGACAGUUGCUCAUACAAAACCUGCCGAGGUUUAACGAAUGCUCCUACACAGAGGAUGACCUCGCCAAACGGCUCAUGCCAUUUGGGUUUCAAUAUGAAGAUAACAAGAUCCAUGUAUUUCCUCAGAAGCGCAUGGCCUUGGUUAUGAUGCCGAAUGUGCACGUUGUGCUUAAGACAAUAAAAACCUCACAGAAGGGCAUUUAUUUCAAACAUCAUAGACUUGGUUUCCGCGUAGCGAACGACAUCUCAAUGACACCGACUGGAUUGUAUCGGACGCUGAAAAAGCUGGUUUGUCCUAAGGCAGCUGAAGAAGAUUUAGCGAAAACAAUCCUCAUCAAGAACAUUUCUUGGAGCGAGACCGUGGAGCUCUCGGAAACUUUGAAAAAAAUCGGUUGUGUGCAGAACUUCCUGCCUCUCCUCAACAAGGUGUUUAUAGAAUUUGUGUCCGUUGAGGAUGCCGAUCGACUCGGAGUUUGGUACAGUCUCCUGAAACAAGCCCCAAACCACGAAGUCAGCAGGCUGCGAGUCGAGCACGGUGCCAUAACAGCGCAGCCACCAAAACUUGCUGAGAAAGCUCUUCCUGACAGCCAAAAUGCUGUUGCCGGGGCAACUGUCCCACCGCUCAAAUAUGGCGUUCCACCAGCCAGCAUUGGACCGUUUUCGGUCACGAUGAGAACUUCCCCCUUCCUGUUCUCUACCGUGUGUCCUUGGUUCAUUAUCCCAAAUUAUCAGACGGUCACAGCGGAGGAUGACAUUGAGAGGGCCCGUGAACGCGGUUCGAAGUUCUCUACGAUCAUGUUGACCGGUUUGCCGGAGGGAACCUUUAAGCACGAAGACGUGGCUAAGCUGGUGUGGCGGUAUUUUCCCAAACAGAACCUUCACUCCCUGUACUACGACGUGGUGGCGUUAACGCUGCAGAGGAGGGCCUUUGUGUUUUUCUCUGAUUGGACUAAAUGCUGUGAUUUUGUCCGAGAUCACAUCACAAAUCCAGUUUCUAUCAAUGACUGCAAACUCAGCGUUCACUUCGUCCUGGAAGACAUGGAUCCCAGAUCCAGUGAGGAGAUGAUGUACACAACUCUGAUGAGAUGGAGCAACGCUGGAGUUCCAGAUCCAGACGCUCUGGAGGAGCGUUUGCUGUGCGUGGAGAUUUCUCAAACACACGUAACCUUCAUCGGGACAGUUUUGAAAGCAGUGGAGUCCAUCGCGACCUUUGUCAGCUUUCUGCCGCUCUCCAACAGGAUAUGCAUUGAGAUGGCUGACUCCAGCAGUGUGACCAAAGUGGUGCAGAAAUACAACACUACGGAGUCUUUGAAGAAGGAACCUUUUUGGGGUAGAGUUCAACGUUUUGAGUCUGUGAAGAGCCUGAAACAGCGUCUACGUGAUUCUAGUGAGAUCACAAUAAACUUUGACACCAUCAAUGUCAAAGCCAAGCCCCCAGAUGUGAAAUGUCAAACUAAGCCUCAUCCCUCUAAGCAGUCGGAUAAUGGGUCACAACCUGCUCUCCAAACCAGUGGCCCUGGUGGAUCCACCAUUUCUGAGACCAGCACAGCAGGACCAAGUGCUACCACCACAAGUGACAUAGCAAUGGAGGGCAGCAAUGUGAAACCAGGAACUGAGAUCACCAUGGACUCCACUGUUGCCCUUCAGGCAAAUGAAGAUGUAGAGAAAGCAAAGGAUGGCGAGAAACCAGGAACUGGGAUCACCAUGGACUCCUCUGCUGGUCCUGAGGCAAAUGAAGAUGUAGAGAAAGCAAAGGAUGGUCAGAAACCGGGAACUGGGAUCACCAUGGACUCCUCUGUUGCUCUUCAGGCAAAUCAAGAUGACGAAAAAGCAAAGGACAAUGAGAAACCAAGAACUGAGAUCGCCACGGACUCCGCUGCUGGUCCUGAGGCAAAUGAAGAUGUAGAGAAAGCAGAAGUAAAUGUGGAAGAGGGCUCACCAAUACCUUUGACCUCUACUGCUGAUGUGACCUCUAUCUCUGCAGUCAGCAGUGGAAAAACAGUCCCAACUGCUUCCAGCAAUUCCCCCUCAGCCACAGCAACUUCGUCAGAAGAAAAUGUCUCAGAACUUCCUCAGAUUACCUCAGAAAUGUUCCAGUUCAUCGUGGCAGCAGUUCGCAACCACAAACUCACUCGGGGGAGCAGGUCCCAGAGUGAGGAAAAGAAGAGCUCCAACAAAAGCAACAGAAGCCCUAAAACUUCAGUGGUUGAAGACAGACCACAAAGAAUGGGUCCGGAUGAUUUUACCGAUGAAUUUGUUACGUCUGUUUUCGAUGAGUUGAAUUUCAACAUGGAUGACUUUGUCACUGUUGAUGAAGUUGGUGAUGACGUGGGGGACACAAGCCCUGAGCCUCAAACCUCCUCCUCACCCAAGCAGUCCUCCACAUCAAGACAAGGCAGGCAGAGCUCCAGUGUCUCAUCCUCUAGCCAAAAAACCUCAACAAGGUCUUCAAGAGACUCUAAAACCUCUUCCUCAUCCUCCUCAUCCAAGUCAACUAAAGGCUCCAGCACCUCUAGCUAUGUGCCACCAAAAAACUCCAAGGACUCAUUUGAGCCCACCAAAUCCCCUAUUAAACCCUCGUCCUCUGCCAGUGGUAGUAAGGCCUCCUCCUCUCCACAGUCUUCUGAAACCCGUUUUUCCCCUGGUCAGAAAAAACAGCAGAGCAAGACAAAUCCUCCAGCCAAAACAUGUAAUACUUCAUCCUCCCGUCGUAGUACCAGCUCAUCCUCCGCUACACGUGAAACAGAAAAGAUAACAGCAGCAAGUGUUGAGGCAUCAAUGGAGAUACAUUCAGAGCCACUUGGAGAAGAAACAAAAGACACGGAGACUGCAGUGGCAAUAUCUGGCCACAGAGUGUCAACAGAGGGUCUUUCUGCAAAAACUGCUGAGUCAGAGACAAAAACAGAAACAUCAACCCAUGGUCCUGAGGAGGUGGAUGCACCUCUCAUAGAGUUGAGCCAAGCCCAGAGUCUGGAGAUUUUUUCUAAUGCCAAAGACCGAAAGAAAAGUAAAGAGAAAAGGAAAGAUUAUGUUGACAAGCAUACAGAGGAGGAGGAGGAUUACUAUGAAAAAUACCAAAUUCUUGAUUCACUUGAUGAUCAAACAGAUCAACAGAUGGAUGAUGCCGACUAUGACAGCAGCUCUGAAGCACAACUAACUGGACUCGAAGAAGGCAACACUUUGAACGAGGAAAGCUUUCAGGUCUUGGACAGUGUUGAAGAUGAAGGCAAAGCCUGCCCAGAUGAGUACAGUGAAAUGGACGGUUCUCUCCAAGUUUUAGACAGUGUUGCUGAAAACCAAGCAGCUACGGGUCAAGAGGACAGCCACCUACUCCGAGAUGAUGGUUCCACAGUAAAGCAACUUUCUAAAGGGGAUGAAAUUUCAGCAGGCGCCAAAUCUGAUUCGGCAGGUAAAGGUCAAAAGGAAAAAAGUGCAGAUAAUUUCCAAGUGUUAGAUAAAGAUAGUAAACAAACUCCAAGGGACAAAGUAAAUGGAAAGAGGGGAAAAGAGAAAGAGUUCAAAGGCAAAAGACAUUCAACAAAAUCCUCCAAAGAUGUGGAAAAUCUGGAGAGCCAAACCCCAAAUGAGGACCAGACUCUACCAGAACAAGAAACCUUUGAGAUAUUGGAUUCAAUCGAUGAUCAGACAGUAACAGAGGAUGACAGCCAAAACCUCAAAACUCCUAGUGACCAGAAAUCUAAAGAAGAUGGAAGGUCCAUCCAGGAAGACGAAGACACAUAUCAGGUAAUUGAUUCGGUGGACGAUCAGCCAACGCCUACAGAAACAGAGUCAGAGAUUGACAACAAGCGAAAAAGAAGCAUCAGAGAGGAUGUGACUGCUAGAAAAGAUGAUAGACCAUCAAAGAGGAGAAGCUGCACAACCACGGCCACCAAAGCUGAAGAAAAGGAGAAAUCACCAAAGAAACAGGACAGGACAGUUACAAAAUAUGACACACAGACAAAGAUUGACACCACUACGGGAGUUUCUAAAAAAGAUAAAGAUGUGUUUGAGGGAGUAGAUUCUGUAGAAGACGAACCAGUUCACGAUGCCGCCUCCACAGAAAGGUCUGGUAGAAGAAGGAGCGCAAGAGGAAAGAAAGAAGAUAAAAUGACUUUGGUUCCCACGGCAGUGUCUGAAAAUCCAGAGGAGGGUACGUACAAAAUUUUAGAUUCUGUGGAGGACAAAACUACCAAUGAUGAACAGACUGUCUCUACAAGAUCUACCAGAGGACAAAGGGAAAGAACAUCUAAGAAAGAUAGUUUAGAUGAAAAAACAAUAAAAGAGGACACAUCAACAAGAAGGAGGCACAAUCCUGCCAGAGGGUCCCAGGAACAAAACAGGGACAAAAUGCCCAAAAAGGAGGGGAAAACCUCUCCAAAGGAGAGCACACCAUCAAAGAAGAGUGACAGUAUUGUAAGAGAGGUAAGUGAGGAGGAUGCCACCUACAAGGUAUUGGACUCUGUGGAGGAAGAGGUUGUUAAGGAUGAUCAGCCCGCUACAAGAAGAAAAGGACAGAGGGGAAGACCAAAGAAAGAAGCUAAAUCAAAAGAAGACAGAACAACUUUGAAGACAGGUGACAAAGAUGUUUCUGAAAAAGUGGCUGAUGAAGAAGAGGCGACGUAUCAGAUUCUUGAUUCUGUGGAGGACGAGAUGGUUGACAAUCAGCACCUCAAAGUACAGUCAGACGAAAAAAAAUCUGAAAACAAAGAACGGCAAACAAAGACAUCUCUUGCAGGAUCACCCAAAAAUGAGGAGGAGGAGGAAGAGUAUCAGAUCAUAGAUUCCCUCGAAGACGAUCAAGCUCAAGAAGAGCCAAGAGCCACAGAGGACAAGACUAAAGACGAAAAUCCUACAGAAGAACAGGCAUCGACCGUAGAAGAAGACACACCAACACGUGGAACCACAAGUGUGGAAGCGUCUGAAAAAGUUGUCAGCGAGGUGGAGACUCCAUAUCAGAUAGUUGAUGAUUUAGAGAAGGAAAAUAAUGAUCCAUCUGCUGCAAAAGGGUCUGCAAUGGGGAACGAAGACAGUACACCCAAAACUGACAUUAGGAACGAGGUUGAAUCAACAACUAAAUGCCAGAGUGAUACUUCUAUACUAAACAGGGAGAAAAAACAAAAAUCACCCGAGGAAGACGAUACGACGAGCACUCUGGUCAACCUAGACGAAGUGAGCGAGGAGGAGGAAGAUUACCCUGACGACACAGCCGAAGAGGAAAAACUGAGGAAGCAGCAGGCUUUUGCAAAAGAGAAGCAGUUAACCAAAGAGCGGGAAGCACGGAGGACCAAGGAGAGAGAGGAGAGGAAGACCAGGCAGAGGGAGGAGAAGGAACGAAGUAGCCAGAGUAGCAGCAGAGGAGGAGGAGGCGGCGGGGAAGGGACGAGGAGGGCAAAGGAGAGGGUGAGGGGAAAGGAGAAGACAGUGGAGCUAGAUGCCAAAGAGCUGGUGACUCUAGAUGAGGUGGGAUCAGAUGAGGCCGGAGAGGAUACGGCACCGGAGAGCCGAGAGUGGGAUGAGGAGAUCACGGAGGGCGAGCUGCAGGCACUCGUUACUCUGGACGAGUUUGUAGAAGAAGAGGAGGAAGGAAAGGCUGAGCAAAGCACACCGGAGACCUGUCCACCCAGCCAGGAGGACGAAUCAGUGGACUUCUUAAACCCAGAGACUUUGGUGACUUUAGAUGAAGCAGGCGAUGAUGAAGAAGAAAAGCCGGACAAAGAGCAAGCAAAGACCACCUCGAGAUCGUCCAAACGUAAACAUAACGAUGACAGAGUUUUAGAGGAAAAUAUGAACUUUGUGACGGUAGAUGAAGUGGGAGAGGUGGAAGAGGAAGAGGAGCAGGAAGCUGUAAAAACCAGGACAAGAGGACGAGCCAAGAAGAGAACCAGACAAACGCCUGUGAGGAAAUCUACCAGAGGGAAACAGAUGACUGAAAAAGACGAGAGAGAAGAAGAAAACGAGCCAGCGGGCACUGAAGUACCGCCUCCCGCUUCACUCGAAGUCUCCUCAUCGGCGGACAAAGACUCGUCUACUUUGUCAAGUGACGUCCAGCCGGAGAUCCAGAAGACGGAGGUGGAUUCAGUGAGCCAUGCUGGCAUUGAUGCUGCGUCUGCAGGGCAGGAACCUCCGGCAGAAAACCCUGAGACCCAGACACCGGAGACCUGCGUGGAGCAUGGAGAGGAAGAGGAGGAAGGAUGGAGCGGGGCGGACAUGAAAGCUGCGAGUAAACGGAAGAGCGAACCUGUCGGACCUGAAGCAAAGCGAUCUCGCUCUCAGUCUCCGUGUGUUGCUACUGAUGUCAAACUGCCCGUAUUUAAACCCAACACACCCCUUGGUCAGGAGUUUGUCGUCCCCAAAUCCGGGUAUUUCUGUAACCUCUGCUCUGUUUUCUACCUGAACGAGAGCACCGCCAAGAACCUCCACUGCAGCAGCCAGAGACACCACGAAAACCUGCAGAAACACAACGAGAAACUUCAACGAAAACCAUCAAGAAGUUCUCAAGGCUCCGUUUCUGACUGAGCCAGACUUCAACUACUGACUCUGUGUGUGUGUGUGUGUGUGUGUGUGUGUGUGUGUGUGUGUGUGUGUGUGUGUUUAAAAAUGGAAAGAGCUGGACCAGUAAAAUGUGUGCACCUUUACAAACCACUCCAGAGGGGUUUAGCUGAUAAAUCUGUAAAAGAAGCCAUGUGGAUCACAGCUAAUCACUGUCUGGCUUUUUUUCCAUAUAAAUGUAUAAAUGAUUUAUUUGCCUCCGUACUCGUUCAUAUGUCAGCAUGUACUUUCUGAUUGGCUUUCAAACACACCAACUCUGCAGUUUUGGUGCCUUACUUUGCCUACAGUUGCAUCAGUUGUGUUGUGGAAAAACCCGGAAACAUGAGCCGAGCGAAAUGAUUAAGUCUGCAACUGUUACAUUUUUGUUAACUUUAAAAGGUGCUACAUGACCUGUUUUACUCAUCAAUGCAGAAAAACUACAGUAUUUAAAAUAAAUGCAACAUUAAUUUGCAUUUUCUUUUUCUAAUUUUCUAGAAAUUAGAGUUAAAUUUGCAUUGAAACUUUGCUUGUAAUCUCAAAAUUUCUGCAGGAGACGACUGAACUGAUGGAGAAUGUGGUCCUAAUUACUUUUCAGUUAGGAAAUAAAUCAUUACAUUGGUCUCAUUUAUGUAAACAAAGGUAUACUCCUAUUACAUUAUUACAUUUCAUCACUUUUGACAUUUAAAAUGCAGCAGGUAGCACCUUUCCAAGGAUGGACUGUUACUCUGAGAGCUAUUAACUUGUAUAAAUGAACCUUAAAAUUUAAUUUUGCACAUUUUGUAUAAAGAUCAGAUGAGCCACUCUAGCUUUAUUAGCCAUGCAGUUGUUAAUUAUCGUCAUGGUUAGAUUUUUCUCUCAUAAAUUAGUAAAGAAAGAAACCACAGUUUCUGAACUGCAGAAACAAACAUGAACACGGUUAAAAGUACUGACAGUUAUUUCUCAAUAAUGUGAAACUUUUUUUUUAUUGUUUCUAGUUUUGCAGAGAAAUGUUUUUAUGAGUUACUUAACUGUUGAGGUUAACGCAAAUCGUAGGAAUGAGGAUGUUUGUUUUUCUAUCCUUUUGAAAAUGUACCUAAAAUGGCAAGUUGAUCCCACUUUCUGUAUUCAGGUGUAAAAUGUUAUUUUUACUCUGAAUUAAAUUGUAUAUGAAGUAA